AUGGAAUCUGCGAUUAUUUCUCGACUCCUUGCUCACACUCGAGCCGAAAGCUUCCUAGGUUCUGUGGAUACAUCGUCCUUAACUUAUCGAAGUGGGGCAGCUUCAAAUGGUCAAAGUAUUCGUGGCUCGUGGGUGUUGCAAGAGAAGUGCAAUGUCUUGGGAGAAUUUGCGGUUUUCGGUGUCAUCAGCACCGCUGAGCUCGGUCCUUAUGGAAAUCAAUGUUCGGCACCCUUUAACACGUGGUGUGAACAAGGGCGAUCGAAGUUGUUUGCUGACCAAAUCCGGGCAUUGAACCGAAUUAAGAAUGCUUCUGGUUUGGGAGUACACUGUGAGGAGGAUGUGAUUGAAAUUCGGGACAAUGAGUUUGGAUGGGCUUACUUGGAUGAACAAAAUUCUCCAUACAUCCGUAUCCUUCACCCAAUGUUUCUAGAAAACUGCACCUCCGUGCUGAAGGAGGGUAAGAAAGUGAAUGUGUCCUUGGCUUUCAAAUCUGAUGUCAAUGCAGCCGCCAGCACAUCCAACGAGGCUACUCAUUCUGUAUUUUCAGAGCCACAAUGGGAUCCUGAAGGACACUUUCGCCAUGCACUCCCUGCUCCCAGUGUACAAAGGGACUUCAGAUUCCAUAUCGACCUUCAUGCAUUCGAUGAUGAGGGAGCAGAUGUGCCAUGUGAUGGUCUCGAAAUGAUAUUUAAGGAUGGGAUGGCGGUCAUUGGCACGGUUUCUCUCCAUUUCACCCGGGCUCGAAACACGACCAGAGGCGAAAUCCGAUCGUUCCAGUUACAUUGGACUGGAAUCCAAAUUGUUGGACAGACUAAGAUGUUGCAGGAUGAGGCCACAGUCGCAGCCUCCAGCAGCAAAAAACGCGUGGCUGAAGAAAUGUUACCAGGUCCGCCAAAGCGAGGACCCUUUUUCACUCGGGGUGUGGAUGACAAAAAACCAGAGAAGGAAAACUUGGUGCUUGAGUGCAACACGGAUGGGCUUUCUCUUUUGCCUCCAGUCGAAAGCCCGGUCAUGACCAAGAACCUCGAAAAAGGGAAAGGUCGGGAGCGUAACAAUGGAUCAAGCAUUGAGUGCGGAACACAGAAUGAGUUUGGGGGGAAGGGGAUUUCUUCGCUCCACAUUGUCAAAAAACCAUUGGGUAUCGAGGAUGAAAUGAUGGACUCGUUCACGACUGCCUCCGUGACCAAGAAUGAUGUUGAGGAUUGGGGUGAUGUGUGA